GUGCCACUCCCGCCACCUCCGCUCCGCCCGCCCAGUCCAAGCCGCGCGUCCUUGCCCGGCAUGUCGGCAGCCGUGGCGUGCGUGGAUUACUUCGCUGCCGACGUGCUCAUGGCCAUCUCCUCGGGCGCCGUGGUGCAUCGCGGGCGGCCCAGCCCCGAGGGCGCGGGCCCCAACGCCGGCCUGGAUGUGCGUGCGGCGCGCCGUGAGGCCGCCCCGCCCGGGACCCUAGGGGCGCCGCCGCCACCGCCGCCGCCACCCGCUGCCCCCGGUCCGGGCCCUGGGGGCGCCGCUGCGCCCCACCUGCUGGCCGCCAGCAUCCUGGCCGACCUGCGUGGCGGGCCUGUAGCCGUCCCGGGGGGCGUCUCGCCUGCCUCCUCUUCCUCGGCCGCCUCGUCUCCGUCCUCGGGCCGCGCCCCCGGCGCCGCGCCCGCUGCCGCCGCCAAGAGCCACCGCUGUCCCUUCCCAGGCUGCGCAAAAGCCUACUACAAGUCUUCGCACCUAAAGUCGCACCUGCGGACGCACACAGGUGAACGUCCCUUCGCCUGCGAUUGGCCUGGCUGCGACAAGAAGUUUGCGCGCUCUGAUGAGCUGGCCCGCCAUCACCGGACGCACACCGGCGAGAAGCGCUUUCCCUGCCCCUUGUGUACCAAGCGGUUCACCCGAAGUGACCACCUGACCAAGCACGCCCGCCGCCACCCAGGCUUCCGCCCGGAACUGCUCCGUCGCCCUGGCACUCGCAGCACCUCGCCCAGCGACUCCCUGCCCUGUAGCCUGGCGGGCAGCCCCGCACCCAGCCCAGCACCCAGCCCAGCUCCUGUGGGCCUGUAGGGCACUGGUCUGCCCACCCUGAGCGUGGCCCCUUGCUAGGCCUCUGCAGGGACCACCAGCAAUCGGAGGACAUGCCUGCCCUCCUGGGGCCCAUGGCCGGUCAGUCCCGGCCUCGCCUCUAACCCACCUCAAGAAAGCAAGGUGGGGGCCUGAGACUGGAUUUUGGUCAGCCCUGCUUGGGAGGUGGCCUGAGGCCGGCGUCUGUAAAUAGCCAUGAUUCUUAACUCUUCCCAUCCCUUUCACAGGGACCCCAGAUGGGCAGCUGCAGGUCUCACUUUUACCUUUUCUUAUUCCCUGCCUUCCCCCAUGGGUGGGGUAUGGGGUGAAGCCUGUCCAGGGACCUCCCUUGCCCACUGCUUGUCCCCGGCCCCCAGGCUGCUCCCUUCAGGUUGGGACAAAGUAUGCACAGAGCCAUAAACCGGGGUUCCCGUGGGUCCCUGCCUAUCCCCACCCCACCCCACUGAAAGCCAUUGGAGAUGUUCAGGGAAAUGGGGGUGCAGCCCGGCCGCCCCCCACUUGGGUACUCAAUCUCAGGUGUCCACAGUUCUUCUCACCGGAGGGGUCAUCACCCAGCACCUCGGACCCUGGGGGGUGAGGUGGUAGGGUUUCCAGAGGGCUCCAGGCUCAGUCUGGGAGAUUAGGGGUGUGGAGGGAUUGAGGUCCUUCCAAAGAGCUUUUCUGCUCAUUUAGGGCAGGGCCAGCAGGGGGAAGUAGGCAUGUGAAGCAAAUACUGGUUUAUUUAUUUCUCUCCCUCUGCUGGCCUGGGGCCUUGCUUCCCUUCUGGGUGUGUGUGUGAGAGAGACUGUGGGUGGCUGGCACCAUGGGCCUGUCCUGGUUCUUACCAGGAUAGGGUCCCUGAGUUUGGCCUUUGUGGCACUGCGUGAUAGACAAUCUUGUAUAGGGCCCUGGUGGCCAUUGGGCCAGAACUGCCACCCUCCCUGCCCAGGGCCCCAGAGGCCUGGCAGGCUCCAUCCUGCCCAUCUCCAUCCCUUGGCUCCUGAGUGCCCAGAAGGGGUGGUCCUGGGCCCCAGGACUGGAAGCGGAGGCUUUGUAGCCUCCUAGGGUU